AGAUUCAAGGCGUUCUCACUGCGGCAAAAGUCUGAGAGCAAGCUCAUCAAAAACAUGCGACGCCUGUAUGGAAAGCAUUUUUCGGUCAUCUUGGGUGAUUGGAGCGAUGCUGGGAAAACGAUGCGCUUUCAGGAGUCAUCAAAGACCAAGGGAUUCCGCACACUCUUUGCAAGAAACAGCAUCCCAUGCUACUUGCUAGAUGAGUAUCGAACGCCCUCCGUGUGCCCAGACUCCCAUGGCCGUGUGAAGAAAAACAUCCGACGUCGGCUAUCUUCUCGGCCAUGGCAAGCUAGAAAGGGAAGAAUGGAAUUUGUCCAUGGAUUGGUGGGUUGCCCGAACCCCGAAUGUAUCAACCAAGACUGGACGCCAUUUGAGAUUCCUGGAAGACGACCACUACGGAUGAAAGUGCACAAUCGGGACGUCCUAAGCACCAAGAAUUUCCUCUCGAUUGUGCGUUCGGUGGUGUUUGGCGAUGGCCGCAGACCAGACGCAUUCUCCCGUAACCGUAGGUAG